GAAUUAUUGUAAUAGGAAUGACUCACAUGCUGCUAUUAUUCAAGUCUUGUGACUAACCUCCACCAACUUCCCCCAACUCACAUGCCGUGCCAAUAUAAAUGAGAUAAACCAAUCCACUUUUUCACAUGACUUUAUCCCUUGCAAAACUUCAUGGCCAACAUUCUCUGCUUCUUCCAUCUGUGUUUCCUUGUUGUUCUGUACUUGCUCUCAUGUCAAACACCAAUUGAAGCUCAAGACGCCGGGUUCAGUGUUCAACUAACCCGCCAGAACUCACCCCACUCUCCUUUCUACAAACCAGAUAAUCUUCAUAGACAUAAGCUUCCAUCAUUUCACCAAGUUCCCAAGAAAGCAUUUGCUCCAAAUGGUCCCUUCAGUACCAGAGUGACAUCCAACAAUGGUGACUAUCUCAUGAAGCUCACUCUGGGAUCGCCCCCAGUGGACAUAUAUGGUUUGGUGGACACGGGCAGUGACUUGGUUUGGGCACAAUGUUCACCUUGUCAUGGCUGUUAUAAGCAGAAAAGUCCAAUGUUUGAGCCCCUGAGUUCCAAAACAUUCAAUCCCAUACCAUGUGAUUCAGAGCAGUGUGGUUCCCUCUUUAGUCACUCUUGCUCUCCUCAAAAACUGUGUGCCUACAGUUACAGCUAUGCAGAUUCUUCAGUAACAAAAGGUGUGCUUGCAAGGGAAACAAUCACAUUCAGUUCACCCACCAAUGGUGAUGAGCUUGUUGUUGGAGACAUUAUAUUUGGGUGUGGACACAGCAAUUCAGGAGCAUUCAAUGAAAAUGACAUGGGGGUGAUAGGACUGGGUGGGGGUCCUCUGUCACUUGUUUCACAAAUGGGUGCCCUUUAUGGGAGCAGAAGAUUCUCUCAGUGCCUGGUUCCUUUUCAUGCUGACUCGCGCACUUCAGGAACAAUUAGCUUUGGCGAUGCCAGUGAUGUUUCAGGUGAAGGAGUAGUCACAACCCCUUUGGUCUCUGAGGAAGGCCAGACACCUUAUCUAGUCACACUGGAAGGAAUAAGUGUCGGAGACACAUUUGUGAGUUUCAAUUCUUCAGAAAAGCUUUCCAAAGGGAAUAUGAUGAUUGAUUCAGGUACACCAGCAACUUAUUUACCACAAGAAUUUUAUGACCGUCUUGUCGAGGAGUUGAAGGUGCAAAGUAGCCUGCUGCCUGUUGAUAAUGACCCAGAUUUGGGUACACAACUUUGCUACAGGAGUGAGACAAAUUUGGAAGGACCAAUCUUGACUGCACAUUUUGAAGGGGCAGAUGUGCAAUUGAUGCCCAUACAAACCUUCAUUCCACCAAAAGAUGGGGUGUUUUGCUUUGCAAUGGCUGGCACUGCUGAUGGAGACUAUAUAUUUGGCAACUUUGCUCAAUCAAACAUUUUGAUUGGAUUUGAUUUAGACAGAAAGACUAUCUCCUUCAAGCCAACUGAUUGCACCAACCCGUAGGCGGCAUUAUCUUAACAGCAAUGCUAUAUGUUACGAAGAAAAAAAUAUACCUUCGUAUAUUUUAACAGCACUGCUAUAUGUUAACUACCACUUAUUUCAUUGGUAUAUCUAUCUUUAAUUGAUGAUAAAAAUAGUAAAAGUGUUUGAACGUGAGGAUCUGAAUCAGUCUGGAGAUGACACAUAGCAUUGGCAUCAGUUCUAAUAAUAAUAGCAAAAGAAACUUUUGUAGAGGAGAAAAUGGGAAUAUGAAAGGUGAAAAUGAAUAGUCCUGAUUUUGGUGUUAGGAAACUUUUAUCUACCAUCUGCAAGUACAAGUUUCUACUUUCUACUAAGUCAGCACAAAUAAGUAGGAGUUCAAGAAAGCUCAAUUCAAGGAAAAAAAAAAAACAAAUCCGCGACGAAUUA